UUUAUAGUACAUACAGCACUUUUCUAUCUUCUUGAAGUUUCUAGGUAAUUUACAUUCACUGCUAGUAUCAGGUAGCAACAGUCCAGUGUGAACAUCAUGGGUUAAAUUCCCAUUCAAAAACAGGUGUUCAUGAAUGCACGUCAUAUCUCCGGUGUUUACCUAGAAUUAAGUAAACAAGACUCACUGCUCUAGAGGGACAAAGAUGGUGAUAAACUAACCAAAGGUGAUCAACAAAGGAAAACCAUUUCUUUGUAAGGUCAUGAGGUGUUACACAAGAUGCAAAACAAUAUUAAGCACAUCUUAAGGGCUAUAAAUAUUGUAGUUGUACAUUUGACCUGAUAUUUUCUAUACGGCCAGAUUGUCUUUAUAAAAAUGGGUUAUGUCGCUGUAUUUCUAAUACUGAGCAAACAAAGGGUGAUAGUGUAGAGGAAAACCACCUUGAAAUACAAGAUUUGGGAGAAAACUCAAAUAGAACUAAAUAUGGUUGUGUCAACCAUCUACUAUAACAAGUUGCAGUCUGAGAGGACAGGAAAGAGACAAAUAAAAAAUACAGUACAUAUUUAGAAAUCUGAACUUAGAUUAAAAAAGUUUGGUAGUUCCAUAACCCAAGCAACCAGAACAAAGUCAAUAGAUAGACAACCAGAAACUCCAUAAAAGGUCUGGUCUAAUAAAACUGCAAAAAGAUCUAUUUGAACAAAACAGAUGUUGGGCAUAAAAGAGGUAAAAUAAAAAUAAAAAAAUCCUGAAGAAACAAAAUCACAAAUGUUAUCUAACUGUGACCAAAAGUCAAAUCACAGCUAAAAAAAAAAAAGACAUGACAAGGUCAGAGUGAUCAAAUUCAAUAUUCUAGUCCUCUCCUCUUUCACCAGUGCCUGGGUCUUUCCAAAGCUCCACCCUUAGUCACAUCUUUAGAUCAGGAGGCAGAACUACUGUAUAUUUAUUAAAAAAAUAAAUAAAAACAGAAAAUAAGAAAAAAGAAACACAUUUGAACUACUUUGACAAGAUCUGCAGGCUUUAGAAGUGAAUUGUCUAAUCAUUAAACUGUUCAAAGUUUCUGUAUCUGAUAAUAUUUAGUUGUUAAAAUGAUGUUGGAAAGUGAGCAGAAGUCAUCCUUCUACUGUAUGCAGGUAGACACUCCCAUCACAUUUGUACAGACCCAAACCUGAUUGUGGCUUUGAUCAUGUGAUCAUGUUUCCUAACACUGUUGUCACUUCAGAGGACCAGUCAAAUUCAGUCUUGCCACUAUAAAUGUGAAAAAUCGUCACUUGUAUUCUCAUUCUCAUUUGACACGAGAUUCCAGACAUGAUGACUUCUAAGGUCUUUUUUUUAUUUUUGACAUGUUUGUUUUUUGGAGCAAAUGGUAAGCUGUGGUUUUAUCACUUGUAUACACUUCCAUGUAUUUGAAUUUGUCAUAUGUGUCUGUUGGAUUUGAGCUUGCUUUUGUUUCGUUUUUAGGUCAGAAGACUUAUCCUAAAUCAUCCUCCUCUGUAGAAGAGAAAGACGGUUUUCUAUCCGUGAACAUUGGUGAAAGUGUUAGUUUAGAAUGUUCUUAUGAAGAUCAUCAAAUAACAUGGAUCGCCUGGUACAAGCAAACUUUGGGACAAAAACCUGAACCUAUGUCCACUUUCUAUGCAAACAGCACAGACGUGACUUUUUUUGAUGAAUUCAAGAACAAUGAACGCUUCAAACUGGAUACAGAAAAUCGAAAUUAUCACUUGAAGAUUUUUAAUUUGCAGUUGUCAGACUCUGCUACUUACUAUUGUGCAGUGAGCUAUGCAAUGGUCCUGAAAUUCACGAAGACUGUUACAGUCCAUGUAAAGGGUUCAGGUUUAACUGUCAAGGCUUCAGUGGAUCAGUCUUCCUCUGAAAACAUCCAUGCAGGAGACUCUGUGACUCUGAACUGUACAGUACACACUGGGAGCUGUGAUGGAGAACACAGAGUUUACUGGUUCAAAGACUCUGAAGACUCUCAUCCAGGACUCAUUUACACUGAUGGAGGCAGGAAGGAUCACUGUGAGAGUAAGAAGAACACACAAACACACACCUGUAAUUAUGAACUGCUCAUGAAGAACCUGAAUGAGUCUCAUUCUGGGAUCUACUACUGUGCUGUUGUCUCAUGUGGACACAUAGUGUUUGGAAACGGGACUAAACUGGACCUCACAGGUGAGUUAUAGUAGUGAUGAACUACCUCUCUGUAAAAAUGUGUUACAGUUUUCCUUAAUAUGACGUCUUUUUCUUUGUAAUAUGUGACUCUCUGCAGGUGAUAACGAUUAUGAUGAAACUUCCGUCUUGGUUUACCUUUUUAUUGGAUCAGUGAUAGUUAUCAUCAGUCUAAAUGUGCUUGUGAUUUUCCUGUUGUACAAGCUGAAACAAAGCAACAAGCAUUCAUCCACGGGUAAAAAAAAGUUUCACCUUUUCAAUUCUAUGUUUUAUAAUAUAAGUUUAAGUAAAAAUAUAACAUUUGUUUAUUUUUUUUAUAUCUAGAGGAGAGAUCAGCGGCUUUGUCAGUAAAUGGCAGAAAGGUAAGAUUUGCUGCUUUGCCCUAAGAAGGGGUGAAACAGGUCACAAGAACCACGGUUUAAAUCAAGUCACAGUUCGGAUCACUUUUGG